AUGGCGGCGGCGGCGGGCGCGCGGGGGUGCGGGGCGCCGGGCCGUCGGGCCCUGUACUUCUGCGGGAGCAUCCGGGGCGGACGCGAGGACCGGGCGCUGUACGAGCGGAUCGUGUCCCGGCUGCGGCGCUUCGGGACGGUGCUCACCGAGCACGUGGCGGACGCGGAGCUGGGCGCGCAGGGGGAACAGUCUGCUGAGGGUGACAGGUUCAUCCACGAGCGGGACCUGGCCUUGCUGCAGCGGGCGGACUUGAUUGUGGCGGAAGUGACCCAGCCGUCCUUGGGUGUAGGCUAUGAGUUGGGCCGGGCCAUGGCCCUCAAUAAGCGAAUCCUGUGCCUGUUCCGCCGGAAGUCUGGCCGAGUGCUUUCAGCCAUGAUCCGGGGAGCAGCGGACGGCUAUCGGUUCCAGGUGUGGGACUACGAAGUGGGAGAGGUGGAGGUCAUGCUGGAUCGAUACUUUGCCACUUAUCCUCCUGAGCAGGUGGCUUCCUCCCUUGACCCAACCACUUGACUUCACCCCUUCAUUAAGUUCUUCUGAUCCCCUUCCUGCCUAAAAGCCCAGUACCAAAUUAA